AUGUGGCUCCUUGUGAUGGCCGCCUUCUUCUUGGCCAGCGCCGCCGUCGCCUUCGGCCCCGAAGGCCUCCUCGGCAGCUCUCCGGCCACGACGGCGGUGAAGACGGCUCACCUUCUCUUCUUUGCCACAUCCUUGGGAGCCACCGUCUGGGCCAUCUUAGUCAGUGGCUUAGUAAUGUUCCUGUACGUACGAAUCCAUGCAUUGCUGCAAGCCGGCUCUUCAAGUUUAUCUGAGUAUUUCUUCUUCUUCUUUGUGUGUGUGUGUGGUUUAAUUAUCUUGGGAAGCCACUUGCCGAGGCACGUGAUGGGAAGGCUGCGCGGGAAGGUGUUCCCGGCGUGCUUCAAGCUGAACGCGGCGUGCACGGCCGUGUCCGCGGCGGCAUUCGCCUGGCUACACUAUCCGUGGAAGGCGACCCCGGCGGUGGAGCGCCGGCAGCUUGGGCUCCUUGUCGCCACCGUCGGGUUCGACCUCGCCAACCUGUUCCUCUUAGCGCCGAAGACCCUCAAGGUACACUGA